AUGAAGCAAGCCGCCUCCGUCCUCGCCGCCGCCGGCCUCAUCUCCCUCGCCAAUGCCCACGGCUACAUCACCACCCCUCAGCCCCGUAUGCCCGGCUCCGCCAUGUCCUCCGCCUGCGGUCAGCAAGUCUACAACAACCAAGCCGCCGACCGCGCCGGUAACGUCCAGGGUGAGCUCCAGGUCGCCAACUCCCAGUCCGACUACGACGCCGACGCCUGCCACAUCUGGCUGUGCAAGGGUUACCAGUUCGACGACAACACGGACAACGUCCAGUCCUACACCGCCGGUGAGACCGUCGACUUCGUGAUCGACAUCGUCGCCCCCCACACCGGUGUCGCCAACGUCUCGGUCGUCGACACCGCCACCAACAGCGUCAUCGGCUCUGCCCUCAAGAGCUGGGACGUCUACGCCUCCACCGCCACUGGUGUCACCGAGGACGAGACCAACUUCUCCGUCACUAUCCCCGACGACCUGGGCUCCCAGUGUUCCGAGGCCGGUGCCUGUGUUCUCCAGUGGUACUGGUACGCCGAGAGCAUCGACCAGACCUACGAGUCCUGUGUCGACUUCACUGUUGGCGGUAGCGGAUCUGGCUCCAGCGGCUCUUCCUCUUCUUCUGCUGCUGCGGCCCCCAGCUCAACCUCCUCCGCUGCUGCUACCUCCUCCACUUCCACCACUGAGGCUACCACCGCUGCCCCCACCUCCACCUCCACCACCACCACCGAGGCCAAGGUCCAGGUCCCUACCACCCUGAGCACCGCUACCCGCCCUGCCGAGACCACCACCGCCACCGAGACUGCCACCGAGAUUUCCUCCGCUUCCACUGGCGUCCCCACCGACGGUACCACCGAUGAGCAGCUCAACUGGGUGUCCGGCAUCUUCAAGGCCCUGUACUCCCGCGAGUAA